UUAGUUUGUACGUCAUUUGUGCCGUCGUAUUUUAUAAGCUCGUAUUAUUUUCCCUGUUUUAACAACAUUGUAAACAUUGUAAACAUUCCAAAAGAACUAAUAACACAAAUUUGGGUGCCAAAUAGUGAUAACAGUUCUGUAGAUUAUUUUGUUAUAAACGAUACAUUUAACAUUUCGUAAGUUUGUUGACUCAUUAGUUCACAGCUAAUGUUUCUCUUAUAGGCUUUUUAGGCUCGACGCAUUUUACAGAAUAAUCUCAUCGAGUUAUUGAACUUAAAAGAGUGACUCUCUUCGCGCCCAUUAAGACAAAAUGACGAAACUGUUCGAAUGGUUUAUGGCUGCAGCCUGUUUUUUCAGUGUUUAUUUUGCAAUUGUUCUUCGUCAAGUGAAACAUCCACUGUUGGAUGAGUACAUGCUGGAAAUUCAAUUUUCGCCCCUAUUUUUGGUACUUUUAUUUGGUAUCUUCUCUGCCACGGUGGUGUUGUAUCGCACCUUCACCUUCAACAACUGUGAAGAAGCGGCCAAAGAACUGAUGGAACAGAUUAAAGAGGCAAAGGCGGAUUUACGAAGCAAAGGACUGGUUUUGAGUGAUUAACUUUACCGAGCGAAUGCGUUUUUUUGUAAAUAAAAUCUUUAAAUGAA